UGUACCUUCAUUGGCCUCAUCGCCUAUCGCAGAGCGCAGGAUGGACUAGUGGGAACAGAAACAUUAUGGCUGCCAGUCUUUCCUUGACUCAGCUUUCGAGUGGGAACCCUUUGUACGACAAGUACUAUCGACAAGUCGAUCCAUCUGGCAGUGGGCGAGUAGCAGCAACUGACGCAGCCUUGUUCUUGAAAAGGUCUGGUCUUUCAGACCUGGUGCUUGGCAAGAUAUGGGACUUGUCAGAUUCGGAAUGCAAAGGCUUUCUGAACAAACAGCAAUUUUUUGUUGCGUUACGAUUGGUGGCCUGUGCACAGAAUGGACUUGAGGUUGGCCACAAAAGCCUCAGCGUGGCUGUGCCUCCGCCAAAGUUUCAUGACACAACCAGUCCUCUCCUCCCGGCGGGCGUGCCCAUUGACAGUCCAUGGAUGGUCAAGCCAGAGGAGAAGGUGAAAUUCGAUGCCAUCUUCGAUAGUCUCUCGCCCGUGGGUGGUAUGCUCACAGGCGACAAGGUCAAACCAGUGCUGCUGAACUCCAAGCUCCCUGUAGAUGUGCUGGGCCGGGUUUGGGAGCUUAGUGAUAUAGACAGAGAUGGCAUGCUGGAUAAAGAUGAGUUUGCAGUGGCAAUGUAUUUGGUGUAUAGAGCUCUUGAAAACGAGCCUGUGCCUAUGGUUCUGCCCCCUGCACUGAUUCCACCAUCGAAAAGGAAAAAAGUGAAUUCUCCUCAUGUCAUGCCACUCCUCCCUUCACCACCAUCACUCAGAGAAAGGAGUUCCUCCCAGUCUGGUUCUCAAACUUUGCCAGCUAAACCCACACCUCCACAGUGGGUUGUGUCUCCUGGCGAUAAAGCUAAGUAUGAUGAGUUGUUCACGAAGACUGACAGUGAUAUGGAUGGAUUGGUGUCUGGGCCGGAGGUGAGGGACAUCUUCCUAAAGACAGGACUGCCCUCUGCUACACUUGCUCGCAUAUGGGAGCUUUGUGACAUUGGAGACAUUGGAAAACUGACCAGAGAGCAGUUUGCAUUGGCUCUCUAUUUAAUCAAUCAGAAGCUUUCCAGAGGUAUUGACCCACCCCAAACACUCUCUCCGGAGAUGAUCCCUCCCUCUGAUAGGCUAUCACGGCAGAAUAAUGCCUUGUCAUGUCAGGCUGCAGACUUUUCUGCCAUUAAAGAGUUGGAUUCGCUCAGUAAUGAGAUUAUGGACCUACAGAGGGAGAAAAGCUCUGUGGAACAGGAGAUCAAGGAAAAGGAAGAAAGCGUUAGGCAGAGGACCAACGAGGUGCAGGACCUGCAGGAUGAAGUGCAGAAAGAAAGCGAGGAGCUGCGGAAGCUACAGGCAGAGCGACAGGAGGUGCAGGAAGCACUGGAGAGACUGGAUGAGCAAAAGUUGUCCCUAGAGGAGCAGCUCAUGCUCAUACGCCAGCAGUGCAGUCAGGAGAACCAGCUGAUCCAGUCUUUGCAAGCUGAGCACUCUGAGCAGGAGCAGAGGAUAGGAGACUAUGAGGAUGAGUUGGUGAGGGCGCGAGAGGAGCUGCUUUCUCUUCAGGAACAGAGUCGUACGCUGGGGGAGAAAGUGCGCUCAGCCCGUGCUCAGCUCUCCCCUCUACAGGACGCUGUAACAGAGUCUCACACACAGAUUGCACAGAUGCAGGAACGGCUGGCCGAGCUAAAGACGGAAGAACGAGAGGUCGAAGCUCAACUUACUUGGAAGGUCUUAGUAGAGGAGCCACCGCUUGUCAAUGGUGCAGCACCCUCUACUGAACAGCCGAAGCCACUACAGUGGCCACAGCCCACAGAAUUCCCUGCAAAGAAACUAGAAGAGGAGGAGGAGGAAGAGGAAGAGCUCACCCCCAUAGAUGAGCCACAGGAACUGAGAGUGCUUGAUGUGCCUGAGACAGAAUCAGCAGAACUGUCUUUCAAUCCUAAGGAGCUUAAGAUUGUGGAAGAUCCCUUCAACAUGAUGUCCACAGCCAGCACUCUUGGUACAGCUUGGCCUCAGAACGAUACAUGUUUUCAGGAAGGUUCUUCACCUGCUGUAGAAUGGGAGCUGAAGGGAGAGGAAAAGAAAGAACAGGCCAGCCCUGUAAAGGCGGAAUCUCCAGUUCCAGAGCAGAAGGAGGAGACCUCCCAACCCAUAAGUGCUCAAAGUGAGGGUUCAGCAUCUGUCCCUGCCGUUGACUUCUUUCCAUCUGAUCCCUUCAUCGACAGUGACAUUUUCAAAAGCGAUGACCCCUUUGCAAAAGACAUUUCAGAUCCGUUCGGCGGUGACCCUUUCAAAGGCACAGACCCAUUUGCCACUGACUCUUUCUUCAAGCAGUCUUCCUCAACCACAUUCUCCUCAGAAGAUCCAUUUGCUUCUUCCGACCCGUUCAGCUCAAACACAGGCUCUGCAGAACCAGACCUUUUCUCCUCUCACGUUAACAACACGGCUGCAUCUGAUCCAUUCUCUAAAUCAAACACGGUGGCAGCAGAUCCAUUUAGUUCUAGCAGUGGUAGCAUAGCAUUCACUUCCAAACUGGAUGACCUUGAUGACUCUGAUCCCUUCAGCUCAGCAGCCGGGGCAGGGAACGACCCGUUCGGUGGGUCAGAGCUGUCGUCAAAGGAAACAUCAGGAGCUGCGAAUGAUCCAUUUGCUCCUGGAGGAACAGUGGUAAAGGCUGACUCAGACCCUGACCCCUUUGCUACAGCAUUUGGUACUGGUACCGAGUCCUUUGUAGGAGGUUUUGCAGAUUUUAGAAAUUUGGAAAAGUCUAAUGGUGCUGACCACUUUGCCUCAAGUACACAUAAUAAGAACAUAUUUAAGGAAGAUAACCAGUCAGAUGUGCCUCCUGCUUUACCACCCAAGACUGGCACACCAACCAGACCACCUCCUCCUCCACCAGGUAAGCGGUCGAACAUCUACCGGUCAGAAUCAUCAGAUUCGGUUCAGAGGCGUGGAAUGGGGGAUUUUUCUUCCCUCCCUGCUAAAGACACUGUGCCAGACCCUUUUGCUCCCUCUGCCCCUUCCCAAGUCCCGCGCGAGCCUGACCGAUUUGCCACCUUUGACAAAUACCCCACAGAAGAGGACAUGAUAGAAUGGGCAAAGAGGGAGAGUGAGCGGGAGGAGAGGGAGCGUGUGGCCCGACUAACCCAGCAGGAGCAGGAGGAUCUGGAGCUGGCCAUCGCGCUCAGCAAAUCGGAAUUCUCUUGACCCAAACCGGUCCUGAACCACACUGCCGAGGAAGAAGAGGAAAGGAUGAAGAGCUAAACUUACGGGUGCUGGGAUUUCACAAUCCCACUAGUUUUAGUAUAGUCCAAAUCUCCCCUUCCCAUCCAAGCUUCACAUCCAGUACAUGUCAGUACAUCAUCUCUCUGUUGCCAGUGACUCUUCUGAAAACAGUGUGGUUUUAGGGAAGAAGUGGUGAAAAGUUGAAGGACUAAAACACAACCCUUGGUGUGCUACUUUGUUGCACUGUGUUUUCUUGUGUUUAAAAAAAAAAAAAAAUCAAAGAUUUAUAUAACGAAAUAUUUCUAACUCGAACAAACACUUGGCGCUAUGAAGUGUCACUGGCACAUUAACACACUUUCCUUAAUUGAUACCGUUCAUGCCAUUGCAUAUAUAGUGGACAAGUUUGACAUUAAUGAGAAGAAAAAGCCCAGCACUUUUAAACCUGCUGGGUUUAUUUUGGGUGAUUUGUUCAUGAUCGAAUUAGUGUAAGGUUGUAGUUAGGAGUGAAGGUGGAGGCAAAUAUUGUCAGUGAAAGUGCUCUGUUCAUAAAUAUAAAAUAGCAAGGGGUAUGCACAUAGAUAUUUCUAUAUAUAACAACACAGUUGUAAUGUGAUAGAAAGACAGGCGUCGCUUCAUUUUUAGUACACGCUAUUUGGUUAUAUGGUACACUCUGAACUUAUUUGCUGCUUAUAAAUUGGUUUAGGUUAGGAAGUAACAGGAAAAUCACUAGACACCUCUACAUGUGCUUGUCCUUGACUGGAAUAACUUAUAAGAAUUAUAAGUGCCAGGGCACUUCACUGACAUUAUAGGAUUCUGUUCAGUAGAACGCUCACUCAAACACCUGACUCUCAAAGUAAAAAAAAGUUCAUUGUGCCAGAAAUAUGACAUUCACAAAUUAAUUAGAAUGUCUUCAGGAUUGAAAUAACCAGCGUUAGAGUGAUUGUUGGUUUCCAAAAAAUGUUUUAAUAGUCCAUUAGUCCUCCUUACAUAUGAGAUUUUGAAAAAAAUUACAGUAUAUAAAUAUCCGUUUAUAAGUAUGUAUGAUAAUGUAAUUGUACUAUAUAUAUACUAUAUGUGCAUUCUCUAAUCAUAUCCUUCAUACAUAUUAGCAAAGUAUCUUGGUGAGAAUGCAGAAGACGACACUAUUGUCUAAGGCAGUAGGACAUGCAAGGAAGUCAUUUGUUUCCAGUCUCGAAAAACCAAGAAAAACUUACUUGUUUGGAAAUGCAAUUUCUUUUAACUUCCCUAUUUCUCAAACCGUAAUAAACUUGCGUUGCUGAAGGCUAAGAGAAGGAAUGAUUGUGCAAUAUGUCUAAGACUGUCAAAUUAAGGGGAGUUUUUCCUCUGAUGACAGUGUGGCAAUGAAUAGAUUAUAUUUUUUUUAAACCACUAAACAUUUCAAAAAGAAAUUAUAGAUUAAUAUUCACCCUAUACAAUUUAAGUGUUGUGGUCAUUGAUUUUUCAGAUGUUUGUUCCUUUUCAAUUGGACAUUAAGGAAUGAUGAAUGUCUUGUUCUGUAUCAGUCAUUUCUAAACAGGUUCCUGUUAUCAGAACACAGAACUUUUUUGUAGCACUGGUUUGUCCUUUGGGUUUGACCUCAAGGCUUUUGUCUACAUUCUAAAGUCUUAAGUGACCACGAGAACAAUAUCUUACCCUUUUGGACAAUAGAUGCACUUUGUCAUUCAGGCUUUACAUAUGAAAGCAUUGCGCAUGAUGACUUGUAUCAGAUAAAAGCCCUCUAUUUUCUUUCUUUUUUUUUUGGACUUUUCAAAUGUCACAUGUUGAAUCAAGAAUGUCCUUUUGUAAUAUGUCCAUUAGUGAGGAUCUGCCAGUCGUUAAAAAAAAAAAGAAAAGAAAAGAAAAGGAAGGUAUAUUUAAUCGAAGCACAAGUUACCCUGACACAGUUUUCCAGCCAAUAUGUGUCUCACAGUUGAUCAAUGUUUUUAUGAGCAUUAUGAACACAGCAUUAUACCCUUUAAACCAGAUCUAAGUAUUGCGAAUUGCUUUAGACAUAUUGCUUUAGCACUCUGUUGUAAGGAAAGGCUUCUGAUUGUAACUGCUUCUCUGUGUCCUGUUAAAGUGAUCUGUGCUUUUGUUCAUUAUGUAUGUAUGUAUGUAUAGUCCUUUAACUUUCCUCAUCCUAAACCACUUGUGUAUUUUUAAAAACUGGCUUAAUGUAUUUUAUUUUUUUAACUUCACAGAAUGUGUCCCGUUUUAAUAAGGACAGAUGUUUAAACAUGUUAAAUAACAUGUCAUUAACGCUAAAGAAUAAAUAUGAACCUUUCAACAUUUUGGAUAUUCCCUGAAGUUUAGUUUAAUAAAAUCCAUGAAAUUCACUUUUCUACAGUAUUGUCAACAUUCAGAUACCCAGUUCUAUUAUAUCUAAACCUUAAGCACUGUUUCUGUAGAUAUUCAGCUGAGAAUUUGAUACGCCACAGUUCGCCAAAUUAUUAUGGUGUUUUGUCCUCAUUUAAGACAGUAGCUACCGGUUUACAUUUAACCCUUUGUAUACAUUAAGGGUUAAUUGAAAGAGAUAGAUAUAAUACAGUAGAACAAGCAAAGAACAAUGAUGUCUAUCCAAAGUGAAAUAUUCAGAUGAGUGAAAAGCCGUUAUAUUAUCAGUCUAGGACAGCUUAGAGAUACGUGGGACUGCUGUGGACCACUUAGGAACCAUAAAGAUGGCGUUAGACUGCAAUUGAUAUGAACAGUUUUGCACUUAAGUCUCCAUUAGUGAACAGCUGAUCAUUUCAACAAGAUAGACUUGCUAAAACUGGAAUGAAUUUCCUGGUUAGCGAUUGCACUUUUUGACCAUGUAGUACAGUUCUAGAAGGGAAAUUAUUUUAUAAUCGCCAAGAUAUAGACUCGUUCCCCUUUUAAGUGUGAAGGUUUCUUCCUCAUUUCAUCUCAGGGAGUUUUUCUUGCCACUGUCGCUUUCGGCUUUCUCAUUUGGGAUAAAUUUAAAAUUGAUCAUUUAUAUCAUGAAUUUAUACAUUUCUUUAAAGUUGCUCUGUAAUAAUGUCUAUUGUUACAAGUUCUAUACGAAUAAAAUUGUGAAGUGAAGUGCA